UUUCUGACUACACAUCGCCUACACACUCUCCCCUACCUCACCGCACGGACGCUUGAACUAACGCCGCAGCACAGACUGUUUUUCACCCGACUGUUUUCCAGCAAAGUCCCCGCGGUCCCGGAGAAAGGAAGGAAGGAACGAAGAAAGAAAAUAAUGUUUAAAUCCUGACUAAAAAUCGAAUGGAUUGGGCUCUCUAUUCUGAGUGCUAAUACGAUUAUAGAGGAGUGUAUCCUUGGUACUGUCAUUGUAGACAUGGCUCGUAGCCGCGGUAUGGCACCUUUCUCUCAGUUCCUCGGGGAGUGUUUCCCCUGUCAGUCCUUCACCGCUACUGGAAAUGGCGUUGAGAUGCUGCUGAACAAGGAAGACGCAGUGAAGGCAGACGCUGCCAGGGAAUAAACUACUACUAAUAUAUGAUUACCUAUGUUUUUCUUUGGGUUGGAUUCUUAGUAGUGGUGGACAAUACCAUGGUGAAUUACCAGAAAUAUAUUACUGUUAUGCAGCUGGCUCUCGGGGUGACCUCCUACAACAAAGAACAUCAUCUUCCUCCCAGGAAAUCGUUGUGGAUUCACCCCAGCCUCCUCCACCCCGGCAACCUCCCACACGGCAGAGCCAGCCGGGGUCAAGGCCAAGGUCAAGGCCAAGGUCAAGGCCACGGACACGGACACGGACACGGGAGCGGCUCGAUCUCUGCAUCGUCCUCUGUGAGCACCAUACAUCAGGCCAAGCCUUCACUACGCAGGAUCAAGGGACGCAUCCACAGGAGCAAGAGCCUCGACAGCAUCGACCUGCUGGACUCCAACACUGCAGCAAUGGAGGAGACCGUCAUAUGGGAACAACACACAGUAACUCUACACAGGGCACCAGGGUUUGGCUUUGGGAUAGCCAUCUCGGGAGGUCGGGAUAACCCUCAUUUUCAGAGUGGUGAGACCUCCAUCGUCAUCUCAGACGUCCUGAAGGGAGGUCCAGCCGAGGGCCUACUGCAGGAGAAUGACAGAGUCACGAUGGUCAACGCUGUCUCCAUGGACAACGUGGAGCAUGCAUACGCAGUCCAGCAGCUACGGAAAAGUGGCAAGAAUGCAAAAAUUACGAUCAGACGGAAGCGGAAGGUGCAUGUGCCCAUGGGUCGGCUGGGGGAGAGGGAGACCAUGUCGGAGCAUGAUGAGGAGGAUGAUGAGGAGGACAGCUACGACGAGGAGAUAUACGAGACGCGUUCCGCACGCAGCGGCCCCAGUGCCUACAGCGGCGUGGGAGGGGCCUCGGCCCGGCGCAGCGGGAGGAGCACCGGAAGGCGGGACCGGGACAGAGAACGUGAACGCAGCGGCUCACGGGAGAGGAGUCUCUCCCCGCGCUCCGACCGGCGCUCGCUCAACCAGCCCCCGCGGCCCGCCAAAGUCACCCUCGUCAAGUCCCGAAAGAAUGAAGCAGAAUAUGGCCUUCGCCUGGCCAGCCACAUCUUCGUGAAGGACAUCUCCCCCGAGAGCCUGGCGGCCCGGGACGGAAACAUACAGGAGGGAGACGUAGUACUGAAGAUCAAUGGCACGGUGACAGAGAACCUGUCGUUGAUAGACGCUAAGAAGCUGAUUGAGAGGUCAAAGGGCAAGCUGAAGAUGGUGGUGCAGAGAGACGAGAGAGCUACGCUGCUGAACAUACCAGACCUGGACGACAGCAUCCCAUCAGCCAACGCCUCCGACAGAGACGGUGAGGGACACUACAUAGACAUUUCAGAUAUCCAUUCGGUGGCGUCCGACCAUUCCAACCGAUCCCAUGACAGACAUCGUAGCAGCCGGUCCCGCUCCCCUGACAAGCGCUCUGAACCCUCCGACCACUCCAGACACUCCCCUCCACAGAUCAGCAAUGGCAGUCACAGAAGUCGUGAGGAGGAGAGGAUCCCGAAGCCGACAGCGGUACCAGCCAAGAUAGCAGUGGAGGUUCCUGCCCUGCCAAAGCCCAUGGAGCAGCCGGUCACCAGGGAAGAGAAACAGGUUCCUCCCCUACCAGAGCCCAAGCCAGUAUAUGCCCAGCCAGGCCAGCCUGAUGUGGACCUGCCAGUCAGCCCCUCUGAUGCCCCUGUGCCCAGCGCUGCCCAUGAUGACAGCAUUCUACGGCCGAGUAUGAAGCUGGUGAAGUUUAAGAAGGGGGAGAGUGUGGGUCUGAGGCUGGCAGGGGGGAACGAUGUGGGCAUCUUUGUAGCAGGAGUCCUGGAGGAUAGCCCAGCAGCUAAGGAGGGACUGGAGGAGGGGGACCAAAUUCUCAGGGUUAAUAAUGUGGAUUUUGCUAAUAUAAUCAGAGAAGAGGCAGUGCUGUUUCUCCUUGACCUCCCUAAAGGUGAAGAGGUCACCAUCCUGGCCCAGAAGAAGAAGGAUGUGUACCGGCGGAUCGUGGAGUCUGAUGUGGGCGACUCGUUCUACAUCCGGACCCACUUUGAGUAUGAGAAGGAGUCUCCGUACGGCCUGAGCUUCAACAAGGGAGAGGUGUUCAGAGUGGUGGACACCCUGUACAACGGCAAGCUGGGCUCCUGGCUGGCCAUCCGCAUCGGGAAGAACCACCAGGAGGUGGAGAGAGGCAUCAUACCUAACAAGAACAGAGCGGAGCAGCUGUCCAGUGUGCAGUACACCCUCCCCAAGACAGCAGGGGGCGACAGGGCUGACUUCUGGAGGUUCAGGGGCCUGAGGAGCUCCAAGAGGAACCUGAGGAAGAGCAGAGAGGACCUGUCGGCCCAGCCCGUACAGACCAAGUUCCCCGCUUACGAGAGGGUGGUGCUGAGAGAGGCUGGUUUCCUCAGGCCUGUGGUGGUAUUUGGACCCAUCGCAGAUGUGGCACGAGAGAAAAUCUCCCGGGAGGAGCCUGAUCUGUUUGAGCUUGCAAAGAGUGAACCUAGAGAUGCAGGGACAGACCAGCGUAGUUCAGGAAUCAUCCGUCUGCACACCAUCAAGCAGAUCAUCGACAGAGAUAAACAUGCAGUCCUGGACAUCACCCCCAAUGCGGUGGACCGUUUGAACUACGCCCAGUGGUACCCCAUCGUGGUGUUCCUGAACCCCGACAGCAAGCAAGGGGUGAAGAACAUGAGAACCAGGCUCUGUUCCGAGUCCAGGAAGUCAGCCCGGAAACUCUACGAGAGAGCCUUGAAACUAAGGAAGAACAACCACCACCUCUUCACCACCACCAUCAACAUGAACAACAUGAACGACGGCUGGUACGGAGCUCUGAAGGAGACCGUCCAGCAGCAGCAGAACCAGUUGGUCUGGGUGUCCGAGGGCAAGGCGGACGGAGCUCCGGACGAUGACCUGGACAUCCAUGAUGACCGUCUGUCAUAUCUGUCGGCCCCGGGCAGUGAGUACUCCAUGUACAGCACGGACAGCCGCCACACCUCUGACUACGAGGACACGGACACAGAGGGCGGGGCCUACACCGACCAGGAACUAGACGAGACGCUCAAUGACGAGGUUGGCCUGCCCACGGAGCCAGCCAUCACCCGCUCCUCAGAGCCGGUCAGAGAGGACCCGCCAGUCAUCCAGGACCCCUCGUCUGUUGGUUACUCUGGGUACCAGCACGUUGCUGUGACACCAUCCGACCCGGCCACCUGCAUCGACCCAUCCGGGUUCAAGAUGUCCGCCGCUCCUCAGCAGCAAGACGAUGCUGCUCUCGCUAGUCCUGCCUCUCUGCUGCCCGCGGCGGUGGCUGUGGCGCCCCCUGCUGUUGAGGAUGAGUCACAGCAGCCUAUGCUGCAGCUAGAGGGUAUGACCCCUGACCUGGAGGAGGCGGCUCCGGCUGCAGCUCCUCGGGCUGCAGACUCAUCACUCCUUAGCAGCCCCAGCCCCGCCCCUACUGAGCUAGCCCCGCCCCCAACACCAACACCACCAUCACUCGAACCCCAACACCUGUCUCAGUCGCAGCCUGGCCCUGGUCCUGAACCCAAGAUGUACAAGAAGGAUCUGUACAGUAUGGAGGAGCCAGUGAGAGUGAACCACGGCGGCAUGAAGUCGUCUCUGAGCUACACCCACCAGCCCUACCAGGACAAACAGCCAUACCGCCAGUACGACCACCCGCCUUCCGCCUACUGUAGCGACGGGGGCGGUGGGGGCUACGCUGAACCAAAGCAGCCUCACCAGGGGAACUUUGACUCUCACGCUCCUCACCUGCACUACAACAACCGUGUGCCUCAACACUACGACGACGGCCGGUGGCCCCCUUACGACCAGCAGUCCUCUUUUCCCCAGCCCCCGGGGUACCAGACUGGCCCGGGCCACCAGCAGGGUUACACCCCAAGGGGGACCACCCCCUACGAGGACGGCCCCGUCAGGGACUACAGCCCCCCCCAGCCCCGCUACGAUGAGGCCCUGGCGGGGAUACAGGGCUACGACGGCAAGCCUCGUCACGGUAAACCUCCAGGGCCCAUGCGGUAUGAUGAACCGCCUCUCCCACCCUCGGCUGGCCCUUACGACUCCCGCUCCCCCUACGAGCCGGAGCCCCCUCACGGCUACCCCCUCAGCUCGCCCCGCUCCCCGGACCCCCCCAAACAGUAUUACGGAGACUCUGCUCCUGGUCCGAGACCCUCUUAUAACCCCGGCCCACCCAGCCGGGGCGGUGGUGGGGGCUACAACCGUGAGCCUCUAAUGAACUCUGACCCGCCCCUGCCCCCUCCCAAACCUGAGCCCUUGGCCUCCCCGGGAGAGAUGGGGGUAAACACGGGGUCCAAACCCCUCCCUCCGCCGCCCCGGGGGGAGGGGGAAAGGGACGACCCGGCCAUGAAGCCCCAGUCGGUGCUCAACAGGGUCAAGAUGUUUGAGAAUAAGAGGUCGCUGUCUGUGGACCGGGCCAAGGAGGCUGGUGACUCCACCGUGAUGAGGCCUGCAGACCUGCCCAGACCUGUGACUGCACCUGGCCCUGUCCCCAAAGCCAACUCCCUCAGCAACCUGGAGCAGGAGAAGUCUGCUUACAGAGCCCCUGAGCCCCAGAAGCCCCCUGGGUCUAAACCCCUGGAUGAUGUGGUCCGCUCCUCCAACCACUACGAUCCUGACGAGGAUGAGGAGUACUACAGGAAGCAGCUGUCUUACUUUGACCGCCGCAGCUUCGACAGCAAGGCCAUGAACCCCAGCCCCGGGAUCAACCGCUUCCCACCACAGACCCAGCUGGCUUACCCUUACAACAGGGCGGAGUCUGCGGAGAAGGUGAGUCCGGUAGAGAAGAGGUACGACCCCCUCCCCCAGAUCAGUCCUGUCUCUCAGUACGGACCCCCCGGCCCCGCCGUACCACCCAACAGCCUGCCCAAACUCGCCACCAACGAUGUCAACUCACACCCCGACCAGCUCCUCAGCGCCUCUCCCAAACACGAUCUCUCCGGCCUUCGACCCUCUACCCUCCAGGACCUCCCUUCCCAGCCCUACCUGGCCCAGAGGUCCCCAGUGGGGGUCAACGGCACCGACGCACCCCCCAAAACCCCUGGAACCACCCCCACCCCACAAAGCUACAACCGCUACGUCCCCAAGCCUUACACCUCCUCGGCCCGGCCCUUUGAGAGGAAGUUUGAGAGCCCCAAGUUCAACCACAACCUCCUCCCCAACGACAGUGGGAAGACAGACCUCCUGAUCAGUAGCAGCAGCCCCAAACCCAGCGUGGUCAACAACAACAGCAGUACCAAGCCACCGCUGUCCCCUCAGCCUCUGGACCACGACAGUGGGCUGGACACGUUCACGCGCAACAUGGACAACAGGGGGCCCAAGUACCAGCAGCACAACAACCUAGUCAACAAUGCUGUGCCCAAGGCCAUACCUGUCAGUGUUAUGGAGGAUGACGAGGAGGAUGAAGGUCACACUGUAGUGGCCGCGGCCCGGGGGAUCUUCAACUGUAACGGCGGGGUGCUGAGCUCCAUCGAGACGGGAGUCAGCAUCAUCAUCCCCCAGGGAGCCAUCCCAGACAGCGUGGAACAGGAGAUCUACUUCAAGGUCUGCCGGGACAACAGCAUUCUGCCCCCCCUGGACAAGGAGAAAGGAGAGACCCUGCUCAGCCCUCUGGUGAUGUGUGGCCCUCACGGCCUCAAGUUCCUGAAGCCGGUGGAGCUGCGCCUACCUCACUGUGCGUCUAUGACCCCUGAUGGUUGGUCUUUUGCUCUAAAAUCCUCCGACUCCUCGUCGGGUGACUCCAAGACAUGGCAGAACAAGUCUCUCCCAGGUGACCCCAACUACCUGGUGGGAGCCAACUGUGUGUCUGUGCUCAUCGACCACUUCUGAACAUAGAGGGAGACAGCUGGCCUGUUACUGAAUGUGUUAGAUCGGGGGACAGCCACAGACUGAAACGUUACCCCAUCUCCUGCUGCUGUGGCCACCUUGCUCCGUUGUCCAGCAGGGGGCAGCACUGCUUGACUUGAUGAAGCACGAACUUGAUUCUUGAAUAUAUUCUAGAACUUGAAUAUUGAACAUUGAAGCGUUGUUUACUGUGCCCGCCCCCAACCCCCCCCCCCCCAAAAAAAAAAAACAGUGAAGUAGGAGGAGUCUCAACGCAGCAUCCUAUCCCAGUGCUGUGCUCUCUUUCUCCCCCCCCCCCCCUUUUUUUUGGUGCUUUAACUAAAGGCUUGCAAAAAAUAAAAACAUUUAAAAACUAAAAUAUAUUAUACUAUAAAAAUUGAACUGUUGUUGGAAUGCAUGAACAGUGCCACAGACUGACUGAAGAAUAAUCUCAUUUUGAUUUUAUUAGCCUUUUUUUGAUAUAUUUUUUUUUACCACGUCUGAGCAAAUUGCAAGAAAAAUAACAUUUUUGAAAAAAUUCUAGAUAAGGAGAAUUCUUGAAAAAAAAAAUGGUUGAAUAUUGCAACGGGAAUUUUCCAAUUUAAUGUAUGCACUCACAAACAGAAAGGUUGGUAUAUGCAAAAAUGUUUUUGUUUGUGAGGUUGUCUGUGGUCAUGCGUUUCGCUCUUGAAGGACAGCUGAGGACUUUUGAAAUGCAGAUGAUCUUGACUCAACAAGGGUUAUGAAGGAAGAUUAGAGAUUAAUAUUGUAGGCAUCGUUUAUGAAGAUAUAUAAUUUUUUUUAAAAAUAACACAUACUGUAUGAAGGUAAUACUGAAGGUAUAAUACUGAAGACUGAAGGUAAAGUAUUGGUUGGUCAAAUGGGCUUUCUCUCCAUGUUUAGAAGAAGUUAGUCUUUUGUAGUUAUGUUUUACUGACUUGAUUUGACAAACUCCUGCAGCUGUCUAGAUCUCUAUGCAUGUGCUAUGACUCAGGUCCAGAAGCCUGCUUACUACUAAGUUCGAACACAUUAAAAAGUCCCAUCUUACACUGCAAGCAGUGAUGCCUUAUCUGCAUAUUAACUUUUUUUUUCAGUAUAAAAGACUUAUUAAAAACAGAUCUUUUUAA